UUGUGUCUAAAGCCCAAUAGGAUUUAGCAUCUACCGUCAGGGAAAUUCUCCGGGCCGGAAAUGACGUCACCCGGGAGGCGGAGACAUUGCUGUGACGUCACCAGGAGGGGGAGUAUAUAGAGGAACACAGGGGUCUGUACAAGGACGUGAUGAUGGAGAAUCACCGGCCCCUCACAUCACUGGAUGGGCCCAGUAACAGAGAUACCCCAGAGAGAUGUCCCCGUCCUCUGUAUUCCCAGGAUUGUACAGAGGAGAAUCACAGGAUCCCACAGGAGGAUCAGGUUCAGUGUGAAGAUUUGUAUGAUAAGGUAGAAGACUUAAAUGAAGAGACUUAUGCGACUGAUAUAAAGGCAGAAGAUAUAGAGAGAGAAGAAGAGCUGUAUGUGACUAAUAUAAAGGCAGAAGAUAUAGAGGGAGAAGAAGAGACAUAUGUGACUGAUAUAAAGGCAGAAGAUACCGAGGGAGAAGAAGAGACGUAUGUGACUGAUAUGAAGGCAGAAGAUAUAGAGGGAGAAGAAGAGACGUAUGUGACUAAUAUAAAGGCAGAAGAUACAGAGAGAGAAGAGACGUAUGUAACUGAUACGAAGGCAGAAGAAAUAGAUAGAAAAGAAGAGACGUAUGUGACUGAUAUAAAGGCAGAAGAUAUAGAGGGAGAAGAAGAGACGUAUGUGAGGGGUGAUCAGCAGUGUAAGGAGGAGGAGAUCCCUACAGAUAUCAGUACAGCAAAUGGAUGGAACAGCCGGAAUGUCUCCGAGAAAUUUCCCAUGCAGUCUCCGGAUUGGGAAAUUGACAACAUCACACGAGAUUCUCCAGGAAAAAGACCAAUUAUACAUCCAGUACCACACACUGCAUGUGUGUCAUCUGAUCCCACUAAUCAUGGGGAACGUUCUCCUGAUAACUCAGAUAUUGCAACUUAUAAUACAGCAUUUAGUUUAGAUGAAAUAUUUCCCUGUUCUGUAGCUGCCAAAUGUUUUACACAGAACACAAGGCUGAUUACCCAUUCGUUAGAUAGGGCAGCUGAGAGUCCAUUUUCAUGUUCUGAGUGUGGGAAAUGUUUUACGCAGAAAUCAUGUCUUGUUAGACAUCAGAGAACUCACACAGGUGAGAGGCCAUUUCCAUGUUCUGAGUGUGGGAAACGGUUUACAUACAGAUCACAUCUUGUUGUACAUGAAAGAAGUCACAUAGGUGAGAAACCAUUUACAUGUUCUGAGUGUGGGAAAUGUUUUACACAGAAAUCAGAUCUAGUUACACAUCAGAGACGUCACACAGGUGAGAGGCCAUUUCCAUGUGCUGAGUGUGGGAAAUGUUUUACAAAGAAGUCAGAUGUGGUUAUACAUCAGAGAAGUCACACAGGUGAGAAGCCAUUUUCAUGUUCUGAGUGUGGGAAAUGUUUUACACAGAAAUCAGCUCUUGUUACACAUCGAAGACGUCACACAGGUGAGAAGCCGUAUCCAUGCUCUGAGUGUGAGAAAUGUUUUAUACAGAAAUCAGAUCUUGUUGCACAUCAGAGAAUUCACACAGGGGAGAAGCCAUUUCCAUGCUCUGAGUGUGGGAAAUGUUUUACACAGAAAUCAGAUCUUAUUAAACAUCAAAGAAGUCACAUAGGUGAGAAACCAUUUCCAUGCUCUGAUUGUGGAAAAUGCUUUACACAGAAAUCAGCUCUUGUUACACAUCAGAGAAGUCACACAGGUGAGAGGCCAUUUGCAUGUUCUGUGUGUGGGAAAUGUUUUACACAGAAAACAGAUCUUGUUACACAUCACAGAAGUCACACGGGUGAGAAGCCAUUUCCGUGUUCUGAGUGUGAGAAAUGUUUUAUACAGAAAUCAGAUCUUGUUAGACAUCAGAGACAUCACACAGGUAUGAAACCGUUUAUAUGCUUUGAGUGUGGGAAAUGUUUUACAGAGAAAUCAGCUCUUGUUAAACAUCAGAGAAGUCACACAGGUGAGAAACCAUUUAUAUGCUCAGAGUGUGGGAAAUGUUUUACACAUAAAUCAACUCUUGUUAGACAUCAAAGAAGUCACACAGGUGAUAAUCCAUUAACAUGUUCUGAGUGUGGGGAGUGUUUUACAGAGAAAGCAGAUCUUGUUACACAUCAGAGACAUCACACAGGUGAGAGGCCAUUUACAUGCUCUGAGUGUGGGAAAUGUUUUGGAAACAAAUCAAGUUUUGGUAGACAUCAGAGAAGUCACAAAGGUGAGAAACCAUUUCCAUGUUCUACAUGCGGGAAAUGUUUUACACAGAGAUCAGAUCUUGUUAGACACGAGAGAAGUCACACAGGUGAAAGGCCAUUUCCAUGCUCUGAGUGCGGGAAAUGUUUCAGAAACAAAUCACAUCUCAUUACACAUCAGCAACUUCACACAGGUGAGAGGCCAUUUCCAUGCUCUGAGUGUGGGAAGUGCUUUACACAGAAAUCAGAUCUUGUUGCGCAUCAAAGAUGUCACACUGGUGAGAAACCAUAUUCAUGUUCCGAGUGUGGGAAAUGUUUUACACAGAAAUCAGAUCUUGUUAAACAUCAGAGAAGUCACACAGGUGAGAAGCCAUUUUCCUGUUCUGAUUGUGGGAAGUGCUUUGCACAGAAAUCAGCUCUUUUUAUACAUCAGAGAUGUCACACAGGUGAGAAACCAUUUACAUGCUCUGAUUGUGGGAAAUGUUUUACACAAAAAACAACUCUUGUUACACAUCAGAGACGUCACACAGGGGAGAAGCCGUUUCCGUGUUCGGAGUGUGGAAAGUGUUUUACAGGGAAAUCAGCUCUUGUUAGACAUCAGAGAAGUCACACAGGUGAGAAACCAUUUCCAUGCUCUGAGUGUGGGAAAUGCUUUACAUGGAAAUCAGCUCUUGUCAAACAUCAGAGACAUCACAUAGUUGAGAAUCCCUUAAUAUGUUCUGAGUGUGGGAAAUGUUUCACAGGGAAAUCAGCUCUUGUUAGACAUCAAAGAAGUCACACAGGUGAGCAACCAUUUCCAUGUUCAUAAAAUAAUACUGAUUUUACAUCAGAAAAUUCACAGGAAAAAAGCAAUGUAAAUGAACUGGCAGAUCUGAAAUGGGGUUGUAGCAAUAUUCUAAAUAUUCCAAAAGCGAGAAAUGUUCUGUGAAGAAAUAAUUGUUGUUUAUACAGAUCAACUUUUGUUAUACAUCAGAGAACUUGCACGGAUGAGAAAUAAUUUUCAUGUUCUGAAUGUGGAAGGUUUUAUUAAUUAAAAAAAUAUAAUCUUGGUGAAUACCAGUAUACAUGAAACAUAAUUGCAGUUAUACUUAAUAUACUGAUUAAGAUAUCUAUAAUUUGAUUGUCUUUACUUCAGUUUUUCUCAUACGUAAAAGAUGCAAGCAAGAAAUUGUAUACUUCCAUAUGUAGAGUCUGAUACCUUUUGGGAUGUAAUUAACUCAAGACCUGUGCCCACCAAGGCCUACCAGUGUAUGGAUGGACACCUAAUGGGAGUAUAAUAUAUGUAAGUGGCAUGUGUAUGCAUUGCAGAAAUGGCAUUACACUAUUUGUACACAACCUGCUAAUGUAUAAAAACACUUUUUAUAUUGUGUACAAAUAGGGUAAUGCAGUGAGAUACACAACUGCAGACAUCUUAUUAGUGGAAGAGUUGCAUUUUCCAUAAAAAAGGAAACCUUUUCCCCUGUUAUUUAGGCACCAUCUCUCCUGUAGCAGCCUGGCUAUUAAGAUGCCCAGAAACAGCCCAGCCAAGCCAACUCAGGGAGUCCCACGCCCCAAACUCUCCCUAUAGUACUACCAUACUAUGUAAAUUUAUUCAGGUCUUACCAUUAAUAGUGCCUUGUUCAAGGUGCAGUCAGCAAAUGCAAGGGUUCGUAAUUAAAAACCAUCAGGGGCAGAUGGGAGGGGUGUCACUCCAGGCUGAAAGAUCUCCACCUUCAAAUAUACAUACAUAUAAGCGAUAUAGAAUAUAUAGAAGAUCCCAGACUGCACACCCUAACCAUAUAUAAUGAGAGGUGCUACUAUGCUGAUACUUGUAGUGCCAAACACAGAAAAAAAGGGAAUGCCGGUGCAUUCGCCAAACAUUACUAAUCAGAAUUGUAAUAUAUUUAACAUCAAGUAAAAGUGAGGUUCUCUGCAUAAUUUUGGCCAAAAGUAAGGGACUACCCACUGCGUCCAGGUAACCAUCAUUGGGUAGGUUCAUAACAUUCUUAAGGUACACCCCCAGCACACCCAGAGACCACCCCAAGCAAACCACCCCGGGGCACCACACUAGUGAGAGAUACAGAUGGAGGCACGCUCAUCUUGGCUUCUCUGCUGCGCAUAGGUCCACCAAGGUUUAUUAGCAUAAACCUUUCAUCUACUGUUCUCAGCUGCAAUACAGUACAGCUGAGGACAAUAGAUGGGGGAGGGGGGGAGGCUAUGGCUUACCGCCCUAUAUUGCCUAAAGUAUGAAAUCAAGAAGAAAUUCUCACUGCGACCGUGUGGCUAGCAGUCAAGCCACACCGUCGCAGCAUGUCGGGGAGCAGGAAGUGUUUGUGAUCAAAAGGGAUAGUGGUGUCAAAAAGGUGCGAGAGUAAGGAGAUGAUCUCCUGCCAUAUGCUGACAUGUAUUGGACAGGACCACCAGAUAUUUAGAAAAGAGCCCUCAUCCACGCAACCCCUCCGGCACCUAUCCGUGUGAUCUGUGUCAGGGAACAUGGCUUUUAGUCGGGAGGGUGCAUAGUACUAACGAUAAAGCAGUUUAUAAACAUUUUCUUUCAUUUUCACACAGACGGAACUAGAAGUGGCGUUAUCCCAUAUUUCAGCCCAAUCCGCACUGUCUAUGGCGUGUCCUAGAUCCAAUUCCCAUGUCAGUUCAUGAGGAUCCUGGUCAUGGACAGAGUCCUCACCUAACAAAGCAUAUAUGCUGGAGAUUAAGACCCUAGUGGAGGAGUGUUUCCAGAAGAUAUGUUCAAAAGAGGAUAAACUUCUGUUAGUGAGAAUUGAGCUGAUUGUGGAGUGGAAAUGUCUCACUUGUAGAAAGCAAAUCUGUGGAUGGGAUUGCUGUUCCAUGACGAAUGUCUGAACACUGAGGAAAAUAGCUUCAGUAGUGAUAUUGUUAAGAUAAUAUAUAUUCCCCAAGAGCCAGGUGGGAAAGGAGAACCUACACAAACCAGGGGGAAAAGCUGAAUUAACAAAAUCCCAAAUAGCUAGCGAACGGGAUACUACAGGAUGGGAGAGAACUGCUCGAGGGCGGCAAAUCCUAGGGAGCCACAAUAAGAAAGAUGUGGCUAAUCCCAGCUCCUCUGCCUCAGUAGUCUUCCCCACUCCACCCGGGUUACACCAUUGUACGCAGUGAGGGAGUUGCGCAGAGUAAUAGUAUUUUCUAAAGUCAGGAAUACCAAGACCACGCACUCUAGAAGGACGCUGAAGAUUAAGUUUAACACGUGGGAGUGUGUGGCUCCAAAUGAAGUGGAAGGUUUGGCAUUGCAAAGAUUUAAAAAUGAGGAUAUAUAUUGGUAGGUUUUGGAAGAGGUACAGUAUUUGAGGGAGGAUGAUCAUCUUAACGGAGUGUAUUCUGCAUAUCCAGAAAAUUUAGUAAUUAGACCACUCAAGCAAAUCAGAUUUUAUGCCAUCUAGAAGGUGAGGAUAGUUCACCUGCAACAGCUGAUGAUUAUAAGUAAAACACCAAGGUACAGCACUUGAAGUCAAGAACAUCUGUUUUGUCGACGUUAAUUUUGUAGCCUGAGUUUUGAGGAUAAAGACCUAUCUCAGGAGAGGCGGGAGGAAUCGGGCUGGGUCAGUAAAAGAGAUUAAAAUAUCAUCGGUGUAUAAAGCAAUUUGUGCUCAGAAGGGCACGUACAUACCAUAUUGCGGCAAAUCUUCACCGCCAGAGGUUCCAUAACAAGUGCAAAUAUUAGAGGCGAUAGUGGACAACCCUGUCCGGUACCGUUGAGGAAAAAAACAAUUUUGCUAAAAACACCAAAAAAAGCAAAGGACCAGGAGAUUUGGUCAAAGGACCUCUCUGCGUCGAGCUCCAAAACAAGAGAGGGGAGUUUCCAUUUCUGAAAAUAAUUAAUCAGGUCAAUAGUCCUUCUUAUGUUAUCUGACACCUGAUGUCCUGGUAUGAACCCGAUCUGAGCGGGGUGAAUCGGCUACGGUAGCAGAGGAUCUAGGCGGUUAGCUAAGAUUUUCGCGUAGAUCUUCAGAUCCAUGUUCAGCAGCGAAACUGGCCUAUAGUUGGAGACUUUGGGAUUACCACGAUGUCUGAACAGGUCAUCUCAGAAGUGAAAGAAGUGCCUUCUAGGAUGACGUUGAACAGGAAAGUAAGAUGUGGGGCCAGUUCUUUCGCAAACAGAUUAUAAUAUUGGGAUGGAAACUCGCCAGGGCAUGGGGCGGCAGAUGUGCGCAUGGAGUUUAUAGCAGCCAUCAUCUCCUCAGCUGAAGUACAAGUAUUAAGUACAUCUAGUUGAGUGUUUUAAAGAGUAGGUAAGGAGAUGUUGGACAAAGUAUGGAUGCACUCUCGUCUCCAGCAGCGGAUGGGAAUAUCUGCUAUAUUAUAAGGUGAGUUAUAAAAGGUCAGCAGACUGAAUCUUCAAUGCAGCUUUUUUCCGAACUGCCAAGGAUUGGGUGAUGAGGGAAUAUGGUAUCCUUAUAGGCUUCCCAGAAAACACUGGAGGUGGGUGAUUGCCAAUCUUCCUCGCCAGACGUUCAUCAUCUGCAAACCCACUUUGUCAGUCCCUCCAUUGGCUGCUGGAAUUCUACCGUAUUCAAUAUAAAAUGCUGUUACUUACACACAAGGCUAUUAACCAUACUACACCAACAUACAUCUCUUAUCUCAUAAUAUCUCCCAACUCGGCCCCUUCGCUCUUCACAAGAUCUGCGUCUCUCAUCCACACUCAUUAAUUGCUCCCAUGCACGAUAACAGGACUUUCUGCAGGCUGCACCCACUCUGUGGAAUGCCCUACCACGUACAAUAAGACUCUAGUCUCCAAACCUUCAAGCGUUCCCUGAAAACUCACCUAUUCAGACAAGCGUAUCAAAUUCCAGAACCACUCACAUUACCUUCAUAGCUUUCCUAUCCAAUGAUAUCCUCACAGUACAGUCCACACAUAUCCCCCACAUAUUUUCUUCAUGCUCCCUUCCUCCUGACCCUGGUUCAUCAUUGCAGUGAGGUGAUAUCAUGCAGCCCACCAAGAACCUUUGCAAUCUGGUGGACAACUACUGUAUGCAAUAAAUAGCACCUAUCCUUGUGUAUCAAUGCCUAUUUCCCCAUAGAGUGUAAGCUUGCGAGCAGGGCCCUCCUACCUCUAUGACUGUUUGUUAUUACCCAGUUUUGUCUUACUAUUGUGUCCAGUUGUAAAGCGCAAUGAAAUUUGCUGCGCUAUGUAAGAAACUGUUAAUAAAAUAAAUAAUCUA